GCCGCGGCCUGUGGCGGUGUGCGGGAUGAGCCGGCUGUGCCCGCGCCUGGGCCCGCGCCCGCUGCUCUGGGCCCCGCGGGGCCCGCGCCGCCUCUCAUCGGGCGCCUCUCCGGGCAUGGAGGAGCUGCUGCGCAGCUCGGUGCCGCCGCUGCCGCCCUACGAGACCAGGGAGAAGGCGCCGCCGCCCGCCGAGCUGCGCGGCGCGGAGUUCGUGCGGUUCUACCGCGCGCUGCAGCCCGGGCCGCCCCGCGCAGAGCUCCUCACCCGCCUGGCCCGCGACUUCGGCGUGGAGCACGGGCGGGUGGCCGAGGCCGCCUCCAAGGUGCUGCAGGCCCGCGAGCAGCGCAGGGAGCUCGGGGCGCUGCUGCAGGCCGAGGACCGGCUCCGGUACUACCUGAACCCCCAAUACCGCGGGCURUUCCAGCACCUGGGCCGCCUGGAGGGCGGGCUGCGCUUCCUCGUGGAGCUCAGGGCCGACCUGAUGGAGGGGCUGGCGAACAAGGCGGUGGAGGGGCCCCAUGUCAAGGAGAUGAACGGAAUUCUCAAGAAUAUGCUCUCGGAGUGGUUCUCCACAGGAUUCCUCAACUUGGAACGGGUCACUUGGCAAUCCCCUUGUGAAGUACUCCAGAAAAUUAGUGAUUCUGAAGCCGUGCACCCUGUCAGGAACUGGGUGGAUAUGAAGCGUCGAGUUGGGUCCUACAGAAGAUGUUAUUUCUUUUCUCACUGUGCAAUCCCAGGAGAGCCAUUGAUAGUCCUGCACGUGGCAUUAACCAGUGAUAUCUCCAGCAACAUCCAGACCAUAGUGAAAGAAGUGCCCCCUUUAGAGACAGAAGAUACAGAAAAAAUCACAACAGCAAUCUUCUACUCCAUCAGCUUGACUCAGCAGGGCCUGCAAGGGGUGGAACUCGGGACUCACCUCAUCAAAAGAGUUGUCAAAGAGCUGCAGAAAGAACUUCCUCAGAUAAAAGUUUUUUCUACGCUUUCACCUAUCCCAGGAUUCACAAAAUGGCUCAUUGGUCUCCUCUCCUCCCAGACAAAAGAACAGGGAAGGAACCAACUUUUUACAGAAUCCGAAUGGCAGGAAAUCUCCCAGAUCACAGGAGACUCCAGCACCGAAAGGCUAAAGGAACUCUUGAACAACAGCGAGUGGGUGAGAUCAGAAAAGCUCAUUCAGGUGCUGCAUUCCCCCCUGAUGAGACUGUGUGCCUGGUACCUGUAUGGGGAGAAGCACCGAGGCUACGCCCUCAACCCRGUGGCCAAUUUCCACCUGCAGAACGGCUCGGUGCUCUGGAGGAUAAACUGGAUGGGGGACACGAGCCCCCGRGGCAUCGGGGCCUCCUGUGGCAUGAUGGUCAACUACAGGUAUUUCCUGGAGGAGACAGCCUCCAACAGUGCUCUCUACCUGGCCUCCAARCAGGUCAGAGCCUCCGAGCAGGUGCUGGCCUUGGUGGCCCAGUUCCAGCAGAACAGCAAGCUGUAAUUGAGUAUCAUGAACACUGAGAAUAAAUGCUCCUCGCCUCUCAAGAGCUGUCAUAAUCUGCAGUGUCUUUAUCUAAAUCAGAAUGUAUCYUGUAGGGCAAAUGUGCUCAGUUCCCUGGGUUAACAGGGUCUUGCUUACAUGACUGUGUAUUCAAAACAUCACAGAGUCACUUCUGGUGUGUGCAGGGAGUUGGAGGUGUUGGUAAAGGGUGAGUAAAAUCCUCUGAAUCAAUUGCAACCAGUGGUACCUUGAAGGGAAAAUACCUGAGCCAACAUUAUCCCUCUGAUAAUUAACCUGUAUAAGCUGUCUUUAAUUGAAAGGAGCUGCACUUUUCUGUUAYAAUGCUGCUAGAGAUUGUUCAGAGCCAAAGUACUUGGAAUAAAGGUAAAUUUUGGUCAAAUAUAUUAGCAAAACAAGCUAUAGUUCUGUUUCUACAAUAUCUGUCUUUUGCACUCUGAGAAAAAUUUCAUCUAAAACUUGGUAUUUUCCUUUUUCAAACACACUAAAACUCACUGAAUCCUUGCUUUGCUGGAGYGUGGAAAAGCCUUGCUUUAAUGUUGAAAAAUCAGGAUCUUGGUGCAGCAGGUAUGUUAUAUUAUAUUUGCAUUUUUUGGCUGCUAAAAUAYAAUGAGCAAUAAGGAAGUGUUCAAAUAGGAGGAGAACACGCCAGACUGUUACUYGGGAAUCAGCUGAGAAGUCUCUAAAUAUGUAUAUUAUAUUUUGGCUCUGGCAAUGUUUUAAGUUGAUCAAGAGCUUUUUUAAUAAAGUGGUAGGUGUGAUUUAUAAACCAAUAAAACCAACUUUCUCAAUAAAUCAUGGCUUGUGAUUUCAGCAUUUCCCCUCCUUCACUUAGUGGCCCUCUUUGAUAACAAUUUCACCAUACCAGAAGGCCCAUCUUGACAGAAUUUCAUGCUGCUUUGUAAUUUCUGAUUUAUAAAAGUGAUCAGGGGAUGGCUUAAUUCUCUUGUUGGGCUUUCUAAUC